GGCCCGCAUGAAUGCCACUUGACCUAUCAACCCAUCAUCGUCUCAUCGUCGACUGAAACAGCAGCCCCUCUUUCCCCACCACGUCUGAUUCCGAAACUCAGAUCUGACCAGCCAAGGCUUCCGCUGCUGCCGCUGCGCACGUUUGCAGCCCCUGAUACACGAGCAAGAACAACGCCUACUGGCAUUCACACAGCCUCAGCUUUUUGCAACUCGACCACCAUGUCUCAGACUUUUGCCGCUUCUUCCAACGCUCUCCUUCAACCUUCAGCCACGAUGAACAACGCUGCUGGUCUCAUGGCUGAGCACAGUCUCACCCUUCCCGAUCGUGUACCCAACUUGGAGGAAGCCAUCAUCGUGCAAGCUCUUGAGCAGCUCUACUCUUCAAGCUCAACGGCAAAUUCGUUGGAGCCUUUUGCCCAGGAGGUCAUUCUUACACUGCCAAGUGGCGAUGUAUGCGUGGGACUCACUGCUUUUCAAGCCAGAUUUGGUCGAGCUUCCGAGAACCCUCGCCCAGCACAAGUGCGCUUGCUGGAGACGCCCGAGUCCCUUCCUGAGGGAACGAUGUGCUUGGAUGUGGUGCUGCCUACUCAAGACACGACUUCGCAAGCUGGUGCGAUCAGGAAUCUGGUCGUUCUGAAGCGCCGGGCCGAGGACGGCAAGAUUGUUUCAAUGACGGAAGAGGAGGGCCAUCGCAGGGCCACCGCUCCUUUGGCGGCAAGGACUGCCGCUGCUUCCAAUUUCUACAGCUGCUCUCCCACCGACAACAUGGUGUCUCCCUGCACCAGCAAACUGAAUCUGAGCAAGAAGAAGCACUUCAUGAAGGGCAAGCCGACCACCUUGUUCCCGGCAGCCGGGGCCAACUCUACCCGCGCGCCAUCUAAGCUCAAUCGAGUAGCAUCAGACGAGAACGCGGAGCCAUAAGAUCUUCGCGCCUCGACGAGCAAGCCCUACUCAGACUCCGCGCAUGCUGAGUCCGUAUUGAGCCUCAGCUCUCACUGGCCAAGUCGCCUUUGCAACCUUCGUAUUUCUUCAGUUCAACAUCAUGUAACAACAUUCAAUCAGCCCCACAACUUCCAACCAGCGCGCUUCUUCUCUCAGACCCCCUUUUCCCUGUCCUCUUUCGAGCACACACACCUUUUGGAGCCAAGAGGUCGCACAUGCCUGUGCGCCGGCCUCAUUCUUGAUUUUAUCAUCGUCUCUUUUUGGAACUUGGUGAUGACUUAUUGUCAGACCGAUGUCGCGUCCGAAUUAAGCGACAAGACUACAAUCGUGGGUUUCCAAUGCCGCAAUACAUAUCACAAUAUUCGCA